ACACAGGUUUACAGAAAUUUAGCAUUGCUUAUUGUAGAGUCUGAUCGCAGCAGGGAGAACGGAUAUACGGAAUCUCUUUUCAUACAGCAAGGGUGGAUCAGUCUGCCACUAAAGCUGCUCUCCAGGACAGACAGUGUGUCCUGUAGUGGGUACAAGUCAUGGUCCAGAGUAGAUGUAAGCUUUGCCAAGACCCUUCUUUCACUCACCGUAUGAUGAUGCGUUACCUCGCCGGUGAACCUGCGGUGGUACCUAGUAUGUCGCUGUGGGCUACGGUUCUCCGCCCCACUAGAGGCACUGCCGAAUUUGCUUUAAAGACAUUUUUGCAGUCGUCAAGUCGAGUGUUACUGUUCCAGAGAUGGCAUCCGCGAGUUUGCCACCAACGGUUCUGUCUUUAAAACAGUUUUUACACAGGCAAAAGGUUUUAGGACUUUACAGAAACACGUUGAGGACCAUACAGCAGAUACCUGACGAGGUUGACAGGAAGUACCUCAGAGACUGGGCAAGAGAGGCGUUCAAGAGCAAUAAGAAUGCUACAGAUCAAGAUGCAAUCCGUAUCAUGUUCACGCAAGCUAAACACCACAUGGAGGAGCUGCAGAAAUCUUUGGCAUUGGCCAAAGGUUAACAAAUCCAUUCUGUGGAGUGGUUUUUCAAAAGCAUUGUGGUCUUCGUGGCAAACAUAUUCUUUGUUUUUUGGUAACUAAGGAAACCCUGAUUUGGAUUUUAUCACUUCAUGUACAUUGUUUUACUAAACUUUUUUUUUAAUUUUCUUGUGUCAGAUUUUAUAACAAUUAGAUUUGACUCCAGAUACUUUUAUUUGGCUAAGUGCAAACCCAGAGGAUAUGGUUUUAGCCCUUCAUUUUCAACUCAAGGAAGCUGAAGUUGAAAUUUGCAGUCCAGGGUGACCUGCAUGAGCACUUUGAGCGAACUCCCCUGACAUGCUAUUUCUGACACCAAAAUGAUUUUACAACAAUCAAAAGUACCUCCAAUAUAAUAAAGUUGAUGGGAACAAACA